UUGAGGUUUUGAUGUUAGCUUUGAACCUGCUGUAGCCUGGGUCGUUUGGAAUUGAUGAAUACAAUAAUGUUGCUUUUUGCUUAUUAAUGACUGGUUUGUUGAUAAUUAUUCUUAUUGGGUGUUUUACGGACUAUUAUUUUGAGAGGGGAGACGCCUGGGCGUUGGUGAAAAAUGUCUGUAGCCGGGCUGAAGAAGCAGUUCCACAAAGCCAGUCAGCUUCUCAGUGAAAAGAUCAGUGGGGCUGAGGGGACAAAGCUGAACGAUGACUUCAUGGAGAUGGAGAGGAAAAUUGAGGUAACGCACAAGUCAGUGUUUGACCUCUUGUCCAGAACGACAGAAUACCUGCAGCCAAACCCAGCCUCCAGAGCAAAAUUGAAUAUGCUGAACACAGUGUCCAAGAUCCGAGGUCAGGUGAAGAUCACCGGCUACCCCCAGACCGAAGGCCUGCUCGGGGACUGUAUGCUGCACUUCGGCCAUGAACUUGGAGAGGACUCUGUCUUUGGCGGUGCGCUAGUUGACGUUGGUGAGGCGAUGAGGCAGAUGGCAGAUGUGAAGGACUCCCUGGACAUAAAUGUUAAACAAAACUUCAUUGACCCCCUGCAGACUCUACAGGACAAGGAUGUGAAAGAGAUCAUGCACCACCUGAAGAAGCUUGAGGGACGCCGGUUAGACUUUGACUACAAGAAGAAGCGUCAGGGGAGAAUCCCAGAUGAGGAAAUCCGCCAAGCCGUUGAGAAAUUUGAAGAGAGCAAAGAUGUAGCUGAGCGGAGCAUGUUUAACUUCUUGGAAAAUGAUAUGGAACAGGUGAGCCAGCUGUCAGCACUGAUUGACGCAGCCUUUGAGUACCAUCAACAGUCAUUUCAAGUCCUGAAGGAUCUCAGUAGAAAGCUGCAGGAGAGAAUAUCCGCAGCCAGCAGUCGACCUAAGAGAGAGUUCAAACCAAAAUCCAUCAAGGGUUGCCUCCAAACGUUGGACAACAGUCGGCAAAAUGGUCUCUCUAACAACUCCACGUUUAAAGUGACAGAUAUGCAAAUCAGCCACACAGUCAACGUGAAAACUGAAAAUACUUCUCCAUGUCCACUCUCAUGGUCUGAAAGUCUUACUACCAGUCAUCAAUGGGAGGUGCUGGAUCAGCCGUGCUGUCGCUCUCUGUAUGACUUUGAGCCAGAGAACGAAAGAGAGCUUGGCUUUAAAGAAGGAGACGUCAUCAUCCUGACAAACCAAAUCGAUGAGAACUGGUAUGAGGGCAUGAUCCACGGGGAUUCUGGCUUCUUUCCCAUCAACUACGUGGAGGUCAUCGUCCCUCUGCCACAGUAGUAAGACCUCUUCAAGUCCUGGUCCUCAGCCUUUGUCCUCGACUUCACUUGGUCCUAAAAACACACACAAUGCACAUUUUGUUUCUUCUGAAUUUGAAAGCCAUGCGGGGAAGUUGCAGUUUUGUCUCAAGGCCAGCUUACGAUUGAAUGUUUUUCAUUUGCUAUUUGUGCUUUUGAAGCCAAGUGAAAGCCGAGCCUUAACCCAGGAUGUGGAGUCCCUUUGUCUUCUUGUCGCUAGUCUCGUAAAGGUAGUAAUUAAAUGUGUCCUCUUCUCGGAUCACAAUAUCCAGUUCUGAACAACUUGAUUAGACCACCAAUUUAAAUUAAAUUCAUGCAUGACAAUUUGGAUUGUAUUUUAGCGUUAAAAAUAUCCAUUCAUUUUCUUCUGAUAUCUGGGUCCAGGUCAAGGGGGCAGGGGUAGUCCACAUUUCCCAGUCACACAGAGAUCUUCCUCACAUAAUCCCUCCAGCAUGUCCUAUAGGUCUACCUCAGGGCCUCCUCCCUGGCAUGGCUCAGGUGGUAGACUUGAAGUCCUUAGUCCCCUCGUAACCAUGUCCAAGUACCCUUGGUCAAGAAUACUGUAUGACAUUCAAACCCUUGAUGAGUGGACGUAAAAUUCUAACAGUAUGUUAAGCAACUAAAGGAUACAUGAGAAGCAACACAGACUGUGCAGACACGUUUGCCUUACGUGUUAGAAGAAUGUGAUAUUCAAAUCCAUGAUCUCUUGAUAGCAAAGGCAAAAAAGCUUUCUCUCUUUGAACGCGGUCGGCUUGUUGAGCAGCAUUGAACAAGGCCUCUUGCAGUGUGCCAUUACUGCUGAGGUUGGAUGCAGUGAGACAGUCAUUUUAAACUUCUUCAAAGAUCCUGAGGAUCAUGGAACAAAAAAGUCAAGUGGUUGACGCAAAAAAAUGUCAACGGCCCUGAGCUGGAGGAUCCGAUUGGCUGUCCCAUCAAGACACGAGCCAAUCCUCGGCCCAAAUGAGGGUUGAUACUGGUGCCGAGUGCAGUCCAAUAACCAUCAGACGGCAUCUGCGGGACAAGGGUUUUAAGAAGGAAAAAAAUCUUCAAAGGCCUCAUCUCCUUCAACGCCACAAAAAUGUCCGUUUGGAAUUUGCACAAGAGCACCAAACAUGGGACAAAGGUGGAAGAAAGUCUUGUUCUCUGAUGAGAAAAAAUGUAACCUUGACGGUACUGAUGGCUUCCAACGAUACUGGCAUAACGAGUAGAUCCCACCUGAGAUGUUUUCCAGGUGGCACAGUGGAGGGGGGGCACAUCAUGAUCUGGGCUGCUUUAUCCAAUGGAUGGUUGUACUGUAAGGUUGUGCAGGGGCGUCAAACGGCAGCUGGCUAUGUGGAGUCUUUUGGUGUCUUCUAACACAUAAGGCAAACAGUCCCUUUACAUAGUCUUUUGCAUUUUUCCUUGUCGCCCACUAAGGCUGGGAAAAUAUGAUUAGAAUUAGAACGUUCAUCAAUGAAGCUACCUCACAUGUUUAUUUUUACUUUUUUUUCCAGUUUUAGUUCUUGGAGAGCAUUGCUGCCUCCUAACCCUGACUGUCAUGUGAGCACAUCACAUUCUCCCAAGCCUUGUGUGAGUUAUUCAGGUACAUUCACGUGUACGUCAUCUUUAAAAUCAGCGUUUAUUUAUAUUGAGCCCAGAAAACAUCAUGAAUGUUUUUCUUUUAAUCGCCCGUGUGAUGAGUACCACUGCAUGGAAUGAAACCAACACACGUAUGUCAAUAACUUCAUGUUCUGUGGUUAAAUACGUUUUUAAAACAAUUUCACACAUUUCUUAUGACACAAACCAAAAAAACGUUUGGACUUUGGACUCACCCGUCCAUACACACACACUGAAGCAGCAGUUUUUGAAAAUCUUCGCCCUGGCCAGAGUUUUCCAAAAGCUGCAUUUAAGGACAAAAAAAAGCUACAUUUGUUUACUUAUGGACGAAAGGCCAGAAAAACCUGCCUUUUUAAAGUACGUGCAGACAGAGCCUGACGAUGAAGUGUUGGAAAGCUGCUCUGUGUGAAAUACUGUCUGCCUUGUCACACUGUCACAAGUGCUCUUUGAAAUGUCACUUACUGUUUUACUGAAGCUUUAGCGUUGUUCAGAAUGUGCACCUUUUAUCGAGUCUGUCUUAUCUUCUUUUUCCUUAUAUACAGUGUUGCACUUUUCACGUGUAUUUCCCACUGUACUACAGGGCGUCCCUAAAGUCUGGACACAUACGAGUAUCAAAAAUAUAUCAUAUUUAAUAUGUGUAAUUUAAUACAUACAUAUACUGUAUGUGUGUGUAUAUAUAUAUAUAUGUAUAUAUAUACAGUGUAUAUAUACAGACCCUUUCCAAAAAAAUUAGAAUG